GCCGAGCUGCGGCACGGCACGCAGGCGCAGACUGGAGUCUUGUUGUGAAGUGUGCUUAACCUUUAAACAGCUGUAAACAAAAUGAAAGUCGGGAUUGCGGCUUUGAUUGUCGCCGUUGCCUAUGUUUGGGUGACGGAAAGUGCCCCGCCAACAUGUUACCCGAGGGUGUUGGGACUAAGCAAGGAGAUUAUGGAGAUACUAGACAAAGUCCAUAAAAGCGAACGCACGAAAGACUGCGCCGAGGUGUUGCCGAAGCUGUUUCUGGAUGUGCACAACUCCUGCGUCAUGACCAAACUCCGAGACUUGCUCUACGUGCUGGAGAACAUCCCCAUACCGUCUUGCAAAACGCGCCCCAGGAUGGUUAAUCUCAGGAGGAAAGUGCGCAACCUGUACACAAUUAUCAACAGAGUUUGCUUCCGCGAUCUGGUAUUCUUCACGGAUGACUGUGUGGCGAUUGAAACAGGACACAGCAGCCCUCGCUAUGGAGAGGACAGACUCCAGCUGCUGGAGGAGCAUUAAAGAGACACUUCUUCAUUCUGAAGUUGCUGUAGCCAGGGCUGGAUUAAUGCACAGGCUAGAUAAGGCUGCAACCUAGGGGCCCCCACCUGUCAGGGGCCCCCUGAUAUGCCAAAAGUGAAAAAUUGCAGAAUUAUGACAAGAUGCAAUAUUGAAAAAUGCAUCUGUUGUGUUGAGUACAGUUGGUUGGCAUGUUAUCUUAAGUUCCUAGCAUGUAAUCAUGACACUGUGUAUGCGCAUUUGUUACGAAAUUUGCCCGGGGGGGCACAGCAACCUGUAGCCUAUAGGGGCCCCAGGCCAUCCUAAUCCGGCCCUGGCUGUAGCCUACUCAGAUGGACCGCUGAACGAGUUGAUACUAGCCUUGCUAUAUCUCUGUCUGACAAAAACCUGGACAUUUUAAACUCAAGUCAAGUCAAGUCAAGUCAAUUUCAUUUUUAUAGCGCAUUUCAUACACAGGUGCAACUCAAUGUGCUUCACAAAAAAACAAAAUGCAAAAAGAAAAAAGACAAUUAAGUCAAAGAACAUCUAAAAACACCAAGAUUAAAAACACAUGGUAAGAAGAAAAACAUAAAAAGAACAAUAUUUUAAAAAAAUGUGUUUAAAAACAUUCAGAUAAAAACAUAUGGUAAGAAGCAAACAUAGAAAAUAAAAAUGAUAUAAAAUGCAAGCUAGUUAAAAGCAUCUGAAAACAGCUUUGUUUUGAGUCUAGAUUUAAAGCUAUUAAUACUGGGUGCAUUUUUUACGUCGUCUGGAAGCUGGUUCCAAAGCUGUGAAGCAUAGAAGCUAAAGGCUGCCUCUCCACACUUUGUUUUGACUUUUGGAACCACCAGCAAUAGACCUUUUUGCUUGUAUGCAGUGGCAUCAUACAUUUAGUGUCCAGGAUCUAUUUUUCCCGGGACAGACCAUUAAAAACUAGCCGGGGCGAAAGCCAACUGUUUAGCCAAAAUCUUUGGGUGGAGUAGGCCUACAUAGGAUGGCGUCGCCAGGCUAAUUUAAAACCGGGACAAUCAGGAAAAACCGGGACAGGUGUCAACACUAUAGGCUUAUAUGAUAUGAAAAGCUGAAAGGACCAAAAACAAAUGUAAAAACGAAGGGAACAGUUAGUCAGCACAGCGGUGCAGUUGAAAACAUCCCCAAGGUGGAGGAAAACCUUCCACAGGAAAUGUUCAGAAUUCCAACCAUUCCAAUGAAAACCUUGAAAUAAUAAGCCCAAUGUUAUUUCUUCCCAGAGCCAAAUAGAGUGGCGUUACGCCCAAUAGCCCUAGUAGAACCUAUGUAGUUCAUUUAUUUUCAGAAAAUGGAUAUGCACUAGGCGAAGUGUUUCUAUAGGUUGCCUAUGCCUUCGAUAUAGCAAAACAUACCUACAUUGCUUCUUCUUAUCACACAUUUGUAUAAUUUUACCUAAUGCCAAUGAUUUCAACCGGCCUGCACUUGACAUCUAAUCAUCCAGCAACAUAUUGUUAUGCAUAUGCUGAUUUCUCUUCUUGCCUAUGUAUUUAUUUAACAAACUGCGUGUUUAAAAUAAAAUAAAAAA